AUGGCCAACAGUAGGAGUAGGAGUAUCCCAGCUGCAGCUCCAGGCAGAGCACCAUGGUGGUGGCCGAAACACAAGAUCCUCAUCCUGACAGGCAUGGCCCUAAUCCUCGCCGUCAGCACUGUUAUCAUAGUCACCUGCAUCAUCCUCAGCCCCGCGCACAUCCACUUCUCCAUCACGGCGGCCAACAGUACAAACAGCACCAUGGACGGCGAGAACGGGCUGUCCUUCAACUUCACCCUCGCCGUCGACAACCCCAGCCGCCGCGCAGGGGUGGACUAUAGGGAAGUCAUCGUGAGCCUGCAGCUCCCCAGUAAGCGCUUGAAGAACAACUCGGUGCCGGCGACGGUGAAUGGAUCCAUGCCGCUGUACCAGUCGCGCCACAGCCAAAUAUCCAUGGCCGUGGCAGCGUUCGUGGAGAAGGACUUGUUGGACCUUUACCUGAAGAAGUUCUACAGAGGCCAUCCGACGUUGACAAUCAUGGUCACAGCACUGGUCCGUUUCAAGGUUGGGGUGGCCUACUCCAGGCUCUAUGACAUUACGGUCUACUGCCCGCCUUUCGUCUUCUUCGACGUCUUCCAGGACGGCAACUUCAGUUAUCAUUUUGCGAAGGGCAACGCCAAUUGCUCUGCCUGA